GUUAAAACACUUAAAAACGUGAAAUUAAAUUUAAUUAAAUAAAAUGAAGUGGAAAGAAAUACUUGCAAAUGGCUGUGACGUUACUUAUCGGCAUGGUCAUCGUGCUGUUGUUGCUAAUGACUGUAUAUACAUUUAUGGAGGAGGAAAUUGGAAAAUUUGCAAACAAUUAAAUGGAUAUAAUGUAAAGGAAAAUUUGAACUUUUUGCCAAAAUACAGCGGAAAAAUAUGUCCAGGCGUUGCAUGCUUUGGAAUGGUAAUAUCUGACGAAACAAUCAUCAUUUUUGGUGGAAUGGGUGAAUUUGGACUAUACUCGAAUAGUUUAUAUACAUUAAACAUAAAGUCGUGGUCAUGGAAGAAGCACAAUUUUCCUAAUAAAUACUUACCGGAACCGAGAAUUGGACAUUCAUUUACAAUUUCAGACGAUAAUAAAAUUUACUUAUUUGGUGGUUUGAUUAACGGUGAUCCAAAACCAAAUGAUAAAUUUACUCCCAAAUAUAUGAACGAUUUAUAUAUCCUUCAUAUGACUGAAAAUGACAAGUUUAUAUGGGAGAAGUUACCUACAGCUGUAGAAGGACCAUGUGGGCGAGAAUCUCAUUCAGCAGUUUUUCAUUACGACAAGAAGGAAAAUGUCAAGUUUCUUAUUGUUUUUGGAGGAAUGAAUACCAAUCGAUUAGGUGAUUUAUGGUUUCUUGACUUAAAUCAGUUUGUUUGGAUGCAGAUUUUGGUUUCUGGAAUUCCGCCUGCACCGCGUUCGCUUCAUUCUGCAUCAUUAAUUGGCACAAAAAUGUACAUUUUUGGUGGUUGGGUAGAUCGUAAACCAUUGAAAUCAGCAUUCGAUCCACCAUCAGUACGUUUUGAAACAACAAAUAGUCUCAGCUAUUUAGAUCUUGAUGAUUUGAAGUGGGUUCACUGUGACUAUAAUGAUGAAAAUCGUCCAAAAAACCGUGCAGGACAUUCAGCCGUGACAGUCGGCAAUCGAAUCUAUAUGUGGGGUGGUCGUUCGUGUUUUGCAAGUGCUGAGGAUGAUUCCGCUUGUACCAAAGAUUUUUGGUAUUUGGAAACAGAAAUUCCACCAAAAAUCUUAAACGUUUCUUUACUCAAAGCAACAAGAACUACGCUAGAAAUAGAAUGGGAUUAUGACAUCGAUAAUGCUGAAUGCUACAUAGUUGAAAUCCACAAGAUUCAUUUAGUUCCUAUUGAUAUAAGUAAGAUUCGCAUCAAGACCAACUUACCGAAAAUUGAAAAGGAAAAAUCUGUUGAUCAAUAUAAAGGAACUAGUAUCAAGCGCAAAUUAGAGGAAUUAGAAAUAACUGUAAGCAAGAAAUUCAACGCAGAUAAAACGAACGACAACUCAAAGUCUGAAGACAUUAUGAGUGACGGAAAGACAGAAGAAAACAAGAACAAAGAAAUUGAUGACAAAAAUAUCGACGUCGAUGAAAAUAAGAAUAUAAUAGAGGCUAAAAAUGAUGUUCAAGUUAAGCAUGAAAGUCCAAUCAAGUCUAUCCAAGGAAUUGACAAGGCAUGGCUUACUGUUGGCGUCUACAAAAGCAAUUCAUGCAUCGUUGAUGGGUUUUAUACAUUCAAAAUUAAUACGACGAAUUUAACUUAUCAAAACUGUCCCGAACCGAAAGACUUGAUUCCAGAACUUAAAGCACAUCUUACUGAAAAUACAAUGUAUGCAUUUAGAAUCGCAGCUAUCAAUUUGAUGGGGAUUGGCGAAUGGAGUAAAAUGUUUUACUUUAAAACUGCUGAUGUGGAGAUGCCAUCAAUGCCAAAUAACUGUAAAUUUAUUCCGUCGCCUCAAGGCUUGCGUUUAGCAUGGAAUCCUAAUCCUUUACAAGAAAAAAUCACUGCCUAUAGUGUUUUUAUCGCAAUCAAUAAGAACGAAGAAAAAAAUGAAUUCAGUUUCUUGCGACUGUACGAGGGAAUCCAACCAACAUGUAAUGUCUUACAAAACUACAUCAACUCUGCAUAUCAAGAAUAUUCAGGAUUAGAUACGUUUGUAAUCUUUCGAAUUACAGCUUGUAACAGUAUUGGAACUAGCUCACCUUUAUUAACAACCUAUCAACUUUAAUUAACUUUUAUGUAGAACAUUUUUUGAAAGACUUUGUAUUCCAAAAACAAUAACGGCUAGUAAAAAUUUGAAUUUUUA